GUUUAUGCACCAUGGAUAAAGCACUUCAUUCUGUCACAUGAUCAAAAGGCUGGGAUUUAUACCAAACCAUAUAUUAUACCAGGAAGCAGGUUAGUAACCGUGGGAGGAAUCUUCCAGCUUGGGAAUUGGAAUGAGGAGAAUGACCCCAAAGACCACAACAUAGUGUGGGAAGGUGCCUGCAAGCUUGUACCUAGUUUGAAGAAUGCCAGGAUUGUUGAAGACUGGACUGGACUUCGACCUACCCGGAACAGGAUUCGAAUAGAGCGACAAAUCUUUAAUGCGGGACCAAAGAAAUUUGAGGUGAUCCACAACUAUGGUCACGGGGGUUAUGGCCUGACUAUUCACUGGGGCUGUGCCAUGGAAGUAGCAAACAUCUUUGGAAGGAUCCUUCAAGAGAAGAAACCCAGCUGGAGAUCCCAGUUGUAAUGAUUCAAAGUCACAAUUACCUUUCUUCCAUACUGUCACUUCCGCUUCUUCAAAUGAUGAUGAUAAAUGGCCCCAAAACAAAAAGAAACUUUUACUUGUCAACCCACAUUUUCAUGAGUUGGAAAGCCUCCCAAGCCAUUUAAAAAUGGCAGGCAGAUUCUGCCCCCAUUUUUGGUGCUCCCAAAUUUCACUGGCUCAGGAAAUUGAUAUGAGUGGUGAAUCCUUACACUGCAUUUUGUUUUUUCUUAAUUAUUCAUUUGUGCAACAUGGGCAUCGCUACCUGGCCAGUAUUUAUUUCCUGUCCCUAGCUUCCCUUGAAAUAAGUAACUUGCUAGGCCAUUUCAGAGGGCACUUGAAAGUAAAGCAUAUUGCUGUGUGCAAGGAGUCACAUGUAGGCCAGACCAGGUGAGGAUAGAAGACUUCCUUCCCUGAAGGACAUUAGUGAACCAGAUGGGUUUUUCAAUAAUUGGCAAUUGUUUCACGGUUAUCAGUAGAUUCUUAAUUCCAGCUAUUUUUCCCUAUUGAAUUCAGUUCCACCAUCUGCUGCAGUGCGAUUUGAACUCAAGUCCCUGGUACAUUAGCUGAGUUUCUGGACUAAUAGUCUAAGGAUAAUACCACAAGGCCAUUGCCUCCCCUGUUUGAAGAUAGUCAUCUCCUAGCAUCUGCGAUUUUAAUGUAACUGGGCUGGCUUGUUGAGGAGGUGUCAAGAAUAAUAGUCUGGAUUUGGGAAUCUUUUCAAAAGGUUUAACCAGUACCAGUUCCGUGCCUUCUAUCCCCUCUCCAUUUCAAUUUGGUGCCAUCUUAUGUUGCCACCCAACUUCCUGGUCCCUUAUAGCCUCAGUGCCUACUACUGUUCCUACCCAUCCACUUCAUUAAAACCUAUCGCCCUUCUCUGCUCAUUUGCCAAGUAUACACUAUGGGCAGAAUGAGUGAACCAUAUGGUAACAAUGGCAAGGGUAACACUACUCAGAAAAAAACCCAUUCACAACUGUUUAUGAAAAGGAAACUCCUGUUCUUGCAACCUAUAAAAGGUUCAAUGAGACAGAUUAUUAAAGCAUAAAAUACAAUGGCUUCAGCACUUCAUACCCCCAAAUGUUAUGCAAAUAAGCUUUAAAUCAUUAACAUAGUGCUUCCCAAGCUUUCUCCCAUUGUAACCCCAUUUUGGGACUUGAAAAUUGAUGCGAAAUGUGCAUAUGAUUCAUGCCAGAUACUCGCUGGUGAACUUUGGAAAUUUGCAGUAGGGAAUCGCUGUGCCACUCACUCUAUGGCACAGUGCAGUGGUACAAAUUCGUAUUAAUGUGAUUUUGUUCCUUCUUUUACUCUUUUUAAAUUGUGAUUUUUGUUUCUUUCUAGUCUACAUUUUAGACUUGAUAGGUGGACCAGAGCACUGCUCUUUUUAACUAACCUAGGCUGUCUGGAUAUCCCAGUUUGUUUUGGUCUGUCCUGAUUAACUAUCCUGACAAAUGAUAGGAGGAAAGAUUAGUAUUUAAAUUUUUUAAUUAUGUUAAUCAAUUUUUUUUUAAAAAAUCAGCAAUUUACGCAUGGAGCAGUAACCAUAACCUGAAUUAUCUUGCAGAAUUUUUUGCAUUUAAAUUGUGCUACUGUGAAUUUUAUUUGCUGUGAUUCGUAGCAAAUGGAACUAGAUUAAUUUAGAAUAUCUGAUUGGCAGGGAUGAGCUAGACUGAAAGGUCUUUUUCCGUGCUGUACAAUUCUUAUGACUCUGUCAUUUAAUUGAAUCUUAUCGAGUAGGAAUAAAGUGUUUUUAAUGGGAUCUGCAAUGGUUGCACAUAAUCCAUCCAAUCAAUAAACACUUCAGUGUUGAAAACACCUUGAAUUAAUUUAGUGAACUAAAGACAAAUAAUAAGACAAGUUAAUGUGAAUGCAACUCAAAAAUAAUUUUUCAUACUGUAUUUUUGAUUUUUCACAAUUGUAAUUGUUAUGUUAAAUUUAAAAAAUGCGCAGCCUUCAUGCAAUCAGAACGUAAAAGAAUGAAGAAUGAAGCUGUGUUAUUACAUCAUCACCUUAGCAGUAUGGAAUGAAUUAACAAGACAGUUAUUUGAUAAAAGUAACUAAUCUUUUUAACGUAAUUGAUUCAGCCAAACAGAAUAGUGUAUUAUAAUAUUGUUCUUAGCAACAAAAAAAAUUGUGAAUUGAUAUUGUUGACAUAUUAAUGUGGAAUAAUGAAUUUAUUAAUUCAACUCGCUCACCUAUAAAAAAUUUUAAAAUUCAUUACAAAAGAUCUCAA